AUGUCAAAAGUCUUAUUUCUGGUUGCCUUAGGAGUCUUCGUAGUUUCUGUACAAGCAGGUAUUAUCAAAGGUUAUGGUGCAAACAAAGUCUCAGACUUUAAGAGUUCAUACGAGCACGAUGAUAGGCAAAGAUACAAUGACGUAAAAUGCGAUGAUAGAUAUGGCUACAUGUCAUUUUCUCUGACUUUUUGUUAUUUCGUCGUAUAUUUUAGACAAUUUUCCUUAAAAAAUACCAUCAAAUUUCCCAAGCUCUGAAAAAAAUUCGACAAUUGUCCUGAGCAAGCAAAAAUUGUAAAGCAAAAAAAUGCACCUGAUAGAGAUGAACAUCAUGAAUAUGAUGAGCAUAAUGAAUGCGAUGAAAGAGACGAUCAUAGAUAUGACCAUGAUGAUAGAAACCAUGGGUACAGCAAUUACAGAGAUGAAUGUGGAGAUGAAAGAAGACACGACCACGAUGAAAACAGAUACGACCACGAUGAAAAGCUUUUUAACUACAGAGUUGAGAAAGAUGAGCAUUAUUGCCAUUAA